UUCUCUGGUGCUGGUGGCUGUCAUCAUGCAGGUGGAAUCUGCGCAGUGUGCUUCAGAAUAAAGAGCCGCUACAGGGAUCCCAGCUCUACAGCUCCUCUGAGCUGCUGCUCAGCUGGACCGGAUCACAGCGCGGCUGAGGACGCAGCAACAGAUUGGAUGUUUCCUUCUGCCUUUUGAGCUUUAGAAAGAUGCGUGAACAUGGAUCAAUGCCCCAUUUGAAUUAAUAAUCGAGGACAUAUCGAUCUGCGGGGGGGAUGAUAGCACGCAGUCGCGUUGUUCCAAAGUGUUUCCUCUCUUGGCGCAGUCAGACACCGCUCCGAUCGCAGAGGAUGUUACCCAACCCUCAAGGAAGUGAGAGCCCCAGACCCACCAGAGGGACGUAAAGCUUUUGAGGAUCUCUUCGCUCUGCUCACGCCGGCGCGAUGGACGAAGGAACCGGCGGCGACACCAUCCCAGAUCUGAAAGACAUAGAGACGAAGAUCGGCCGGAAGACCCCCGAGGGUUUGCUCAGGUGGAUGAGAGAAGAUGCGUCCUCCCUCCGGAGAGAAGAUGCGUCCUCCCUCCGGGGAGACGGCAGACCGGCCACCCCACAGGACAGCGCUAAAGACGCCGGGAGGAAGAGUUUGGAUGAGAAGAUUAGGAAACUCAGGACGGAGAUGGCUAUUCUUCGCUCCGUGGAUGUCAAGAUUCUGCAACAAUUACUGGCGGUCCAUGAGGGCAUCGAGGCAGUGAAGUGGCUGAUGGAGGAGCGCAGCACACUAACCAGUCACUGCAGCAGCCUGACCAGCAGUCAGUACAGUCUGGGCGAAGGCCCCGACACGUCUUGGAGAGGUUCCUGGAGCAGCCUGCAGGACCCCACUAAUGACAAGCUUGACAACAUCUCAAUUGGCAGCUACCUGGAUACUCUGGCUGAUGACAUGGAUGAGUACUGCCCCUCCAGCUCAGAGUCUGUCAUUUGCUCCACCAUACCGGCGGCUUCAGAAGCUACCCCUGGGGGCAACAUGACCGGAGGUCCCAGAGUGUCCGGAGCAGGAUCCGCUCUGGGAGCUAGGUCUAAUAUUGGGGCUGGGAAUCGGAUUCAGCCUGGGAUGAGUAACAAAGAUGACGGGAUGGGGGCACCGGGGGUUAGUGGAGUUGGGAAAUCGGCAGAUCUUACCAAGGGCAGGUCAGUUGGCUCCAAGGACGACGCUCCCGUCUGGACCAAAUCUGCAGAGGUGGAGAAGGGCAGCCCUGUCUUAAAAAACAAUGCAAAAACACAAGCAAUGACAGCCAAUGGUGUCCUGGAGAAUCCAGCGGCACAGACAGGCAGUCCUACUCGCAAAGGCCUCGUCGACAAACUGGGAACCAGCCAGAGCCCCAAGACCAAACAGUACAAAAAUGGAAAGAUCGACUUGGAUACAUGUAAGAUGAAUGGCAAAAUGCACCUGGAGUACGACGCUCACUGGCGCUGGGUGCAGUCACAAGAAGAUGUGACGUUUUUGUAAAAAGGCCCGUAACAUGGGAGUCCAUUUGGAGGAAGCUGUUGUGUUAAAUGCACCUAUUCAGUAAAACACACUGGGUGUGGUAGACAACAACCUGUCUAUCAAUCCUUCCCUGUUGUGGCUGCACUGGGUUUACUGCAAAAUGUUGAUGUCACUAUAUUAUAGGAUUUCUUUCCAAUUUUUGGCUAAACAGGGCAGCCUCUCUCAAAUGUACAAAAUAAAAUAAAUAAUCUGCACCAUGAAUAUUCUCAGGACAUUUUUGGCAUGCCCUGAUUUUAAUUUUAGAUAGAUGUGUUUAAUUAUUAUUCUUAUUAUCAUUAUUUUCCUGUAGAAUUAAAGCACAGUGGCAUAAUUUCCCAGACAGCUGAAACACGGUUACAGAUUCCAGGAUUUGGCAGAGGUUUCUACAUGUCCUUGUUUAUAAAUUUGUAUUCCUUUAACUCCUUCUGAAUCUCAAGAGAUAGUCUUGUUGAGAAUGAAUUGCUUAUCUUAUAUUGUUUCAUUUAACCGGGUUUAGUCAUGAAACUCUCUCUCCAGAUUCUUCUCAUGACCAUUUGCAGAGGUCCUGUCCCUUGAGAUUGGUCAUUCCAAAAACAAUGGCGCUGUAGCUAGAGCUACUACACUUAAGAAGGAAGAGAUGCAAUAGAAAACCAGGGGAUUGUUUAAAAUGUACUGUGCAAACCUAUUUAUACAAACCAUAACUGGACUCCUCCAAUCAUUUUAGACCACACAUUUUAGCGCAUUCUACCAAAAUGUGCAUGGAAGUGUUUUGAACUCAUGCGCUUGUUACCACCUACAACAUUCCUCUAACCGACGGUAACUUUUAAUGUCCUAAAAAAAAUGCACUAAAGUUUGAAAAAGGUUAACAAAGGUAAUAUACCAGUAAUAAUAGUUGUGUCCUUGUAAAGUGUUACUUCAGUGCAACCAUCUACAGUAACGUAAAUUCACAAUACAGCUAAUCUGUGCAUCUAUUGUCAGUGGUGACUGAAUUUGUGAAGAUCCUAAAUAGGCUAUAGCCUACUGUUUUAUCUUUUCAACAUAAAGUCUCUUAGUAUAAACUUUAACAGCAAAAUCCUGUAUUUUUCUUUGAACGAUUGCACAGAUGCCAUGGUAGCCUGAACGCCAUGGUCCGCUUUGGUUUUUCUACUCCUUCACCUCUGCCUGCGUGUACAGAUAUAGCUAAACCAGGACUCUGUGUGCUUUUUUUUGACUGUCGACUGGUAAACGUAUUAUGCCCACUGGGUUGACAUUGCAUGCCCAGUGAUGAAAGCUUUAGUAGUUGAUUUGUGGGGAUGGUGAGGAAGACCGAACAAUCAGACAAGAAAAGCAAGAUUUUAUUUUCUUUAAACUCUUGCAACUGGCUUAAAAGUGUGUGCUUAUAAAGCAAUCUAACAUUACAUUCUGGUCUUGGAUGACACAGUUGUUUAUGAGCCAGAUGAGAAAAGACGAGUCCAAAGGUUUUAAAAAAACCUUCUCGGCUCAUCCAUCAUAUUGUGACAGCUCUUCCUGUCAGUCAGCACUUUAACAAAGUAAUGUUAAUGGCUUGGUGGACUAAAUCUGUUACACAGAGCUGCACAUCCCACAUUAUAUGCGCAUGGCAUUUAGCCUAUGAAGGGAAAGGGUUUUUGUAAAAGAUUAAAGGGCAUGCAUCAUCAUUUUUAUUGCAUUUCCUUUUACAAUUUCUGUUCUGGCUCGUAGCUCACAAGACUCGCAGCACAUUCAGAUCCAUUUUUUUUUAAACUUGAGAUAUUUCUGGAAAAGGGUUGCCAAGAACCCAGUGGAAAUAUGCGAAAGAGUGACGUUAGGUCUGGAACUCAGAACAUCGUUCUACGCUGCAUAACUCUAUGACCAUCCCAGACAAAAGAAGUGACAGCAGAGCGGGAGCCAGAUUUAAAUGCGAUUUCCUUUUUUUUUUCUUGUGUAAAACCGUAGAUCUUAAACUUAACAUCUAUUCAUCUGAGCCACUGAAAUGUUUCCUCUCUGCCUCACUUUCUUUUUUACCCCCCCCCACCCCCCAAGUAGUUUGAUGGAAACAUUCAGUCGAUGCCAACAAACACAUCAUGUGCAGUCAGUGGCCUCUCAUUGGAGACAGCGAAGCAGAAACGGUGACUAAAGACAAGCAGGGAAAAGUGAGCUCAAACUUGAUCCUGAGCUGUUAAACAAAUGGGAGCACCCCCCCCCCCCUUCUCUCUCUUUUCUGUUUUAAAAAAGAAGGAUGUCUAUCUUUAUACAACCACAGCCAAGGUACAGUUUUAACCCACAACACAUCAAUUCAUUUCAUACAUUGCUUUCUUUUAACAUAUGUGCUACAGGAAAAGCAAUAAAAAAAAGACGGGAUGUCGGCGCUGCCGCUUUGUGGUUUUGUUUCCAUAAGAGCUGGGAUGUAAGUUAGAAAAUAGUGCAGAGAACUAAGCUGUAAAACUCAUUAUAUACCUACAUAGUGUGUCUUUAAGUGGAUACAGCGCAGCGGAUGAUAGGUUUAGUAUGUUUUCUUCAGUCACAUCCUAUUUAGAUUUGAAACAUAGGCAUCAUGGCGGGGAUGUGAUGGCUGCUAAUGGUGCAAGGCGGAGCUGCUUGUGGUCUGACUGUUAAUUUAGAAGGGAACAAGACUGCUGAGAUAGUUGUUAAAUCCUGGUGAUCUUUAAAAUAUAUAUACAUAUUCAGACAAACCUGGUACAAAUCUAACAUUUAAUUUUUUUUUAGAGGCUAUUGAGCACCUAUACAUGUCCAGGAUAUUUCAAACGCUCACUUUGAUGGAUUUGUCCAAGCCUCAGGUAACAGCACCCUCAGGCUAUUCUGGGAACCAGAUAAAUGGCGUGAUUACGUAGAUGAGUUGAUGUGCACAUGAACGCGGUUGCCACGGCAACGAGGCCAGUGAGGCUGCAGCUCGAGCGUCUAUAUAAAACACCGGGCACAGCAGAGGCAGCAGCUGCCUCUACACGCCGGAUUCCAGAUCCAAAGAGACUUUACUGACUUAAUAAAGUUAGAGUUAAUUAUCUGACCUCUUAAAGAUGACCCCCUUUCCCUUUUAACAUAAUCUUUUGAACAAGUCAGACGAUUUUCUGGAAAAUUGUCAAUGGAACCAAAUUCAGCCAAACAAAUUUAACUAAAAAUGCUCUCCAGCUUAGCCUUCCUUGCCAAGAGUGGCCAUUUCAGACGAUGGACUAAAGAGUGGGCCCAUGCUAUGACUUUACACUAAUAUCAUAUUUUAAGUAAAGUUAGUAACAGGGAGAGGCAGCUUAUUACAAACAUGAUGCAUGUACUCAAACAUUUUAUAAUCGCUCCAUUUCCUUUCAUCUUACAGGGACUUGCGUCUCCAUUUUUACAGUUUCUCCCAUUCAGCUGGGUUUGGGCUUGUGCUUCACAGUAGCUACAUCAAUUUCCAUGUUUAAUAUUGAGAAAUAUGUAAAAACAAAUCUACUUGCAAGAUAGCUGAGAAUGGAAAUUUAAUUUGCCAAAGAGUUUUGAUGUUUAAUUUUGAAGGGCCAACUUGAGGGUAACUGAAUUACAAACUGGCAACACAAGACACGGUUACUGAUAGCAAAGUCUCCUGCUUCAAAUUUGGGUUUAUAAAGAUUUAUUAGGCCCUUUAAUCCCUUUAGGAUACAAAAGUUGAAUAACACACCUAAAAAAAACAACCAGGAUUUAUUAAAAAGCUAGAUGUUUCAAACCCAUUCUGCUUUAAUUCACCAAAAUAGGGACAAAAAAAAUAA